GAGCAGGGCCCCCAGAGAGCCCUGAGCGCCCGGCGUCUUGCAAACUUUCUGAACUGUAACCCUUUUGCAAUGAAACUUUUCAGGCGUGGUGUUUGCAUCCAGGUUUCAUUUUCCUUCACCAAUACUUCAAGGCACAGAGGAGCUGGUAAAGGCAUUGCCAUGAAACCUAACUUGAAGCAAUGGAAACAACUCAUGCUGUUUGGUAUCUUUGCAUGGGGUCUUCUUUUCCUGGUGAUAUUCAUCUAUUUUACAGAUAGCAACACCGCUGAACCUGUUCCAAGUUCCUUUUCUUACAUUGAAACUAAGAGACUUCUGCCUCUUCAAGGCAAGCAGAGAGUCAUCAUGGGAGCCAUUCAUGAUCCAUCAUUCUCUGAAACCAUUGAUGGGAAUGAGGUACUUCUUAAUGAAGAUCUCUUAGGUACAUUUAAAUCAGGGACUGGAAAUUCUAAGAAAUGGACUGUAUUGGAAGAUGCCUUUAGAAAUGAAGAUGAGUUUUUUCCAUCCCAGUUAGGAAGAAAAUCAAAAAGUGAUUUCUACCAAGUGAAUGACGAUUAUUUAUUUGCUGCUGGUCAGCCUCAGUCACACAGCCACCUUCAAGAGAUAGAAAAAUUCAUCUCAGCUGAUGUGAAUAAUGCAAAAGUAAGUAUUUUGCAGAACAACUGGAGCCAUCAGAGAAGAAUGAGGAGAAGGAGCACAAAGCAUAGGAGAAACCAGAUGCUUGAUGAAUCUGAUGACUGGGAUGGGCUGUAUUCUACAAUGUCGAAAUCCUUUCUUUACAAGCUUUGGAAAGGGGAUGUCUCUUCCAAGAUGCUAAACCCUCGACUGCAGAAGGCGAUGAAAGAUUAUUUGAGUACCAAUAAGCAUGGGGUGCGGUUCAAGGGGAAACGAAACUCCAAGUUGACAGGAGACCAGCUAUUCUGUGAGCUAAAAGAAAGAGUGAAUGUGAAAACAAUAGAUGGCAAGGAGGCUCCAUUCUCCACUCUUGGAUGGGAAAAGCACGUUCCCCAGAUUCCACUGGGCAAAUUAUAUACACAUGGCUUUGGGAGCUGUGCAGUAGUUAUGUCUGCUGGUGCAAUACUGAACUCCUCUCUAGGAGACGAAAUAGAUUCUCAUGAUGCCGUUUUAAGAUUUAAUUCUGCUCCAACACAUGGCUAUGAAAAAGAUGUUGGAAAUAAAACAACCAUGAGGAUCAUUAAUUCUCAGAUUCUCACCAAUCCAAACCAUCACUUUGUUGACAGCUCCUUGUAUAAAGAUGUUGUCUUAGUUGCCUGGGAUCCUGCUCCCUACUCUGCAAACCUGAAUGUGUGGUAUAAGAAGCCAGACUACAAUCUGUUCACUCCCUAUGUACAGCAUCGUAGGAAGAAUCCAAGCCAGCCGUUUUACAUCCUCCAUCCAAAGUUUAUAUGGCAGCUCUGGGACAUCAUUCAGGAGAACACUAAAGAGAAGAUACAGCCCAACCCUCCUUCUUCAGGGUUUAUUGGUAUCCUCAUCAUGAUGUCCAUGUGUAAUGAAGUACACGUGUACGAAUACAUCCCUUCAGUCCGGCAGACCGACCUAUGUCACUACCACGAACUCUACUACGAUGCAGCUUGUACCUUAGGGGCCUACCACCCACUGCUCUACGAGAAGCUCUUGGUGCAGAGGAUGAACAAAGGUUUACAGGAUGAUCUGUAUCGGAAGGGGAAAGUCAUUUUGCCAGGGUUCAAAGCUGUCAAGUGCCCCAAACGAAAUAAUUUCUCACACUUGUAGAAGUAAGUCCCUCAGAAACAAUGUGCAAUAAGGUACUACUGUCGUACUAUAAACAAGAAGAGAAUACUUGAAAAAACGUUAUCUUAGACCAAUCUAGUCUUGAGUCUAUAAAUUGUAAUUAAGUAGCAGGCAUGAGAAAUACUUCUUUUCUGAGCCUGAGUAUUUAUUACUGCUUUGCAAAUAGUUACAGAAAAAAGCAAAGGCUUAGCUCAUGAAGGUGCAAGGGACAUACUUAGGCAGAAAUAUAAUGCAUUGUUGUUGGUGUGACUGUCAGAAUUUGUCAGUGGUCUCUUAUGCCAUAUAUGCUGGACUGUAAUUUUUUUUAAUGACUUUAUUUAACUAUCAAACCUGGCAUUGUGGAACAGCCUCUAUUGUUCACGUAUGUACAGAGCGGCCAGUUGAACAAUGCAGUGUUUCCCCAUGGCUUUGUAAGAUUUUCACACACUCCCAGAAUGAAGUAAUUGCUACUCCAAGCUGUGCAGUCAUUAAGUGCAGUAGACUUUAAUGCUUGCUCAUAUGCAGGCUCUGUUACAGGCCUCCAGCUGUACAGGGGCCUUACAGUGACUGUGAAGUCAGCGCAGUCAGAGAUGGAUGUACACACAGCCAAACCCAUUAAGCUACUGGAUGUACUUUUAAUGCCAGACUCCCAUGCGCACACUGUCUGCAGAGGGAAAUGUCUCAUUCCUUUAGAGAAAAACAAACAUAUUUUAACCCAUUUAGGAGGAGAAACUAAAGGAUUAUCAGGAAGGUGUAAGAUGGGCAUGCUGCCUUCCUCCAGUCUGCACAAUACAGAAGAUCCAGAGAAAGGCAAGGGAGGUUGUGCAGCACUCACACAUCACACUGAAAGCAAGCAUAGAGGGGGAUCACCUUUCUGCAACAAAGAUAGCAUUCAGGAAUACAGACAUUAUCUGUUAAGUGUUUCACUGAUAUCUGAAUCAAAGUCACUGAUUCACAAUUUAUUGCUGUUAAGAAAGUAGAGGAAGUGUUCUGACAAAAAGAAGAGGAUAUCAGCAUUUUUUACUUAAUGUUUGAAAGACUGUACCCCAGAAGAAGUGGUAAUGCCUGCAAAAAAGCCUGACUACAGAUUGCAUAUGGAGACAGUUUAAAAUUUUCAUUCAUUACACACAAUGAGAAUAUUCUCUAAGGCACUUCUAAAAAUCUGCCCAAUUGCUAAUAUAUUUAAAACAUUAUUUUCCAUAUUUUCCAAGACUUCCAUUUCAGAUUUUCCAAGUGGCAGGAGCUUAAUGGGUUUUUUCAGUUUUUUGUUUUGGUUUGUUUUUUCCCACACAAUUGUACUCUUUCUUUUAGAGUAAGUUCGGCAGGAACGUGUGUACACAAAAGAACAGCUAUAUCCUACUCAUGUCCAUUCAGUAAAAAAGCAAACAGCUCAAAGAAACAUUGAAAGGAAUAACUGCGUGGUUGUGGUGGAAAGUAUUUUUUGUAUUUUGACUUAAACAAAAAGACUUUUGCCAGAAAAGCAAAAGAACACAAACAACAUUAAUGACUAUUUCAUCUUCAAUUGUAAUGUAAGUAUAAUCACAGAAUCCUUUUUCUCUCACUCUACUCUUUGGGAAGCAUUAUUGAAAGGAUCUUUUGGAAUGAUUAUUUCCUUCUUCAGAAACAAAGAAUAUGUGUUUUACAUAGGACUUAGCCUUCUUUUAGGGAUUUCUGAUGAUCUUAAGAUUCUUACUGACAGAAAUUAUGUCCAGAUAAUCUAAUAACUGUACUUCUGUGCUGUAUGGAUAGUUAUGUCCAUAAGUCAUUUUGGUACAUGCCAAAAUGAAUAGGUUUUACUUAUAUUAGCCUUAGACUCUGGAUAUACUACAUACCAAUUUCUUUUUAAUGUUAUGUAUGGUGGCAGCUUUUAUUCUUGAAGUUAAUAACAUUGUUACUUAAUUUUCUGAGGAAUAGAUAACCUACACAGAACUAAUCUAUUUUUCCUUAUGUUUGGUGCCCUGUUAUCAAAACAUUGAAAGUCUGAACAGUGCAAUCAAACAGGUCUCUCUCUGCUGUACACUGUGUUAGCUAUGACAUGUUUGUAAAGGAAGGGAGUUGAUUAGCUUUCUUUGACUAGUGAAUCAAAAAGCAGGAAAUUCUCAAGUUCCAAAGGAAAAAAAAGAAUAUCACUUUGGCCUGCAACCAUUCACUUUUAACUCUGAUUUUCACAAAGAAGAAAAAUAGUAACUGCAUUGCUCAACUACCAACAGCAGGAUUAUUUAGUAUUACUCCCUCAAAAAUUUGUCAGAAUAAUCAGCAUAGCUAUUGUACAGAACAGGGCAAAUUAUAAAGUUUCAUCUAACAAGUGCUAAAUAUACCUACUUACUGUGCAGAACCAGAUAUGAGACGUUAACAAAAUGAAUUAUAUUUUUAAUUUACUGGACUGCCCUCACAGCCAAAAUCUUUUCUUUGCUGUAUCCUUAUUGUAUGGCAGUCAGUCCUCCUUCCAUAAGUGCAAACGUGGGUGCUGUAGCACCAUCACCUCAGAAAAUGCCACAGAGCUGUACUGCAAAUGCUUGCUCACAGAGAAGGAAGACCAACUUAUGGUGCCAUCUUUAAAAAAUAAGCAUCCCUGGUGUGGCUUCCCCACACUGGUUUCCACUGUGAUGUUUCACUGGUCUACCUGAUCAAACACCUUGUAGUUGCUUAAAGAGCAUUUUCUCUCCUACCUUGUUUUGUCCUCCUUUGUUUUUUGGCACAGGGGAAACACAAAGGACCUCUAGACGUGCUUCCCUCACCACUGCUUACACUCUGUGACAUUGGCAUUGUUGCCUUUUAUAAGAGCCCACCAGGUAUUUUUGCAUUAAUGAGCAUGUCCCCAUCCCUUGUGAGGGCAGAGAGAUCUUUACGAAGAAUCGUGUUCAGUAAAUUUAAAACAGUGAGCAUGUAACAAUAUGGGACUGUGAAUCUUUUAAAAAUAAUGGGCGAGUGCUGGUUUUAUAUCUAUACAGUAAAUGCAGGAAUGUUAGAGGAAGUGCAUUUUCUCACCAAGAUCAUGGGGCUUUUGGGGGAAAAGAUAUAGGCAUGGGUUUGUAGCUCUCCAGUGUGGCUGCCGCACACUAAAACAGCGUAAAACAGCACUGUAAACAAGAGAGGUUUGCACAAGCCCAGCUUGUGAGGGGCAUCAUCAGCCAAGCAAUUGCCUCUGCUCUUGGACCUCUCUGCUCCCUUCACACUUGUUGCAGGUUUUAAAUUUAUGGAGUUUUAGUGACAAGCAGGAACAAGUUGCCUUCAAACACUAUGGAGCCUCAUUGCUGUGCCCUGGUGCUGUGGACAACAGCUGAAGUUAGCUGAAACAAACCAGAAACACAGCAGCAGCUUAAGGAAAUAUGCUGAGUUUAUGCUGAAUUUCAUUAUGCUCCUUUUUUCCCCACUGUGAAUUCUAUAGCUUUUCUGACUUGUGGUGCUCUAUCAUUUUAUGCAUUCAGCUUUUGGAUGGUUAAAUCCAGGUAUUCUUCAGUUUAUUCAAGAAAAAAAAUAUUAAAUAUUUUGCUUCAUUUUGGGCCAAAAUCUUUUUGCUAGGAAAAAAACAUUACAUUGUUUUAUUCCGCUAUAGUUCUGAAGGUUACUUCAGCAUAAAAUCAUAGUUCAGUCAGUGCUUCCUUGGAUUAAACUACUACAUCUUUUUUUUUUUUUACCUUGCUGUGCAGUUUUAUGCUAUAGAAACUUUGGUAAAUUCACUGAAAUUAACAUGAUAUAAGAAAUAAUGUACCUUUGGAGAGGGAGGGGGGUGAUAUAAACACUCUAAUCUACAUUCUUACUGUACAAAUUUAACUUAAGCAUUGCUUGUCUUUGGUCAGGAUACUUUCUUUGGUGAUCCAAAUUCUGAACUUUUUGCUGUAAGUUGCCAAUGUCAGGAAAACCAAGACAGAUUUUUCUGAAGUGAAGACAGGUGUCUACACUCACUCUCUGUUGCACAGACUGAAUACAGUCAUUUUAGAGACUGAUUUAAUUAAACAGGAGUUUAAACACACUUGUAGACCAAUCCAUAGUGGGGGUUUUAAUUUCCUUUUUCUUCAGCAGUUUUUAAGGAUGGAAAAUGCCAUUUGGACAGUGACACAAAUGUGCCAUGAAAGGAGUGUUAAAUGCAUUGACUGCAAAAAUAAAUGGCUACUGUUUUUCCCUUCAUGCUCUCUAAAGUUGAUGUGUAAUGGCUAAAUGAAAUUGUUCUUUGAAGUAGGUAAUUCAGAAGCCUGUCACUAGAAAGUAUCUGAAUCUUUCCCAGCACAAAGCAGGUACCUGAUUUAACUGUUUGAAAUGUAACGUAACCUAUAUCUGGGCAUACCUGCAUCAUUGAAUGAAUUUUGACACUGCAGAUGUCUUUUCUCUGGCUUAGUGAUCAGAUUCAGAAUUUUGUUCCUAAAAUAAGAGUUGUGUGUAAAAGCCUUACUUUUCUUUAUAUCAUCUCAUCACUCUUAUAAUGUGUAGUCAUUGAACUAUUCAAAUAUAGACUGUGUACUUUUUUAAUAGCUUUGAGAAUUAUUUUAUAUGAUGAUUUUUUUAAAUGAAUGUGUACUCUAAUAACAAAGCUUAAGAUUUUACAGGAGUCACAUUUUUAAGCAGUGUUUGUAUACAUUUUAACACUUUUUAUAUUUUCUAUUAUGAUUUUGUAUAUUUUUAUGUAUGCACAGUGUACAGAUUUUUUCCUGUAAAUAAAACAUUUGUU